AUGGCGCUUUACAGAGUGUUAAAUAUUCAAAAAGAGCCCAUGAGUAACAGGGGCGAGGACAAGCUCCCUAGAAUUGGAGGAGGCGGAGUUCUGCAGGCAGCCCACCAGCAACUUAAUGUGGUGCAGAGUCAGCUGCUGUGUGUGUGUCCGGAGCUCCGCCUACUGCGUGUGUCAGAGCGAGGACCUUACAAGCCACGCCCAUACCACUCCCAAAGCCAGCCUGCUCUAGCCCUCAUUCUUUUCCUGCGAGAAGACCGCGCCCCCAGCCUGCAGCAUCUCCAUAGCAACCUGCGCCGGCCACCGUGGCGAUACCACCACACCGAGAGCAUAGGGGGGCGAGGCGUCGUUUCCGCGGUAACCGCUGCUGCCCAGGACUUCUACACACUGGCGCCGGGCACUCCCCUCUGGGCCCUCCGACAGGUGCAUUAUGGGAAGGAGGUGGUGCGCUUCACCGUGUACUGCCGUUACCAUAGCUACGCCCACAUGGUGCGUCUGUACGCGCUGUUGCUGGGGCAACGGCGGGUGGUGCAGCGGAAGGAGGACUUCUGCUUCUCGGUGGUCUACUCCUCCACGCACACCGAAGUCCAGCUGUCACUCAAGAGGUUGCCACGGGGACAGUUGCCCGUCGCCACAGAGAGUGCUCUGCUGGAGUUCCGUGUUCCGGAUGUGGGCGGGCUCAUCCCACUGCUGCCCCGCCCCUGUACGCCAAUCAGCUCCUUACGCUGGCAAACCCACGACUACGACAACAACAAGAUCUUACUACAGGUGCAGCCGGUGAGAGUUUGGCGUCGUCACACUGUUGCUCAGAUCAGGUCUCAUCAGGCUGCAGGCCCCUCCCCCUGCCCCUCCCCUCCUCCGUCAGACACGCCCCCGAAGCCUCCGUAUGGCCGAGGCCCCGCCUCCUACCGUAACCGUAGAUACCACCGAAACUCCUCCUCCCGCUCCCGCACGCAGACCCUCCCCCCGGCCAGGCCCCGCCCCCAAUCCCAGAAUCCCUUGCGGGAGCCGGAGGUGAUGCGUGAGCUGUGGGCGGGGCGUCGCGCGCGCUCCUUCUGUGGCUUCCCCUCGGCCACGCCUCCUUUCCGCCUCAACGUGGCUGCGCUGGUGGGUGCCGUGGAAACCGACGUGGACACCGGCCGCCGCCUGAGUGGCACCGGCCUCGACCUAUCGGUGGUGUCCGCCUACUCUCAGCACAGCCCACAAACCCCCAGUAGCCAAUCAGCACGGCCCAUCUCCCCUAGCCGCCAGUCUGCCCUGUCCGGCGCCGUCUCCGUGACAACCACGGCCUGUCAUCACCCCCAGACGCCCCUUCAGACCAGGAGCAGCAACGGCUCUGACACACACACUCUCAGGAGCGGACAGCAGCACCGAGAGGAAACCGCGCAGCGGCACCGCGCUCUGGCAGGAUCUUUUGGUGGACCAGGAACGUCACAGGAGAGCUUGCGCUGUAUACCGGAGUGUCGGAUCUGCUGCAGCCUGCUCGCGAGCCGCACAGGUGAGAGUCCAGAGGUGGUCAGACUCCAGUCGUGUCUGACCUCCGCGUGA